AUGCUUCGCCGAUUCUCCAAAAAGAACAGGAACCCGCCAGACGGCGCCGCAUCAUCCACCAACGACAAUGAGAGAAAGUACAAGAAGUUGGUGAAGAAGUUCUUGGAAUUCAUCACCUCUCCAGUCUGGUCCAUUCCGAUUGCCUCUUUCAUAGAAGGACAAUCAGUUGUAUUCGACCGCGCUCAAAUGGAGACUGAAGUCUAUAUGGAGAUUCAUAAGGAGUACUCUCAACUAAUCGAUACUUUGAUCGAGUGCUUCUGUGAAGACGUGGGAACCACUCCAGCUGAAUUAAUCGAUGCUAUCAAGACUAUCAAUCAGCAGGAUAUCUCUCAUCAUUACAAGGUCGCCUUGGAACCCCUUCUCGCUGCUCAGAACUUCAACGUAUUCGUCCCAAUGAUGAUGCGAAAAAACAUUGAGCUUCAACUACAAGCUCUACAAAUGAUCGAGUUUAUGUGUGGUCUAAUCCCUUCUGUCCUCCAGUUAGAGGACGGAGAAUCGCUUAAAAACAAAAAGAUGACACCGGAGCAAACCGAAAGAUAUGUGCUCAUUUCGGUGCUUCGUCAUAGUAAGGAUGAGUAUGAAGCGACGCAGAAAGGAACAGAGGAGUUGGAGCAAGUGGCACAGAACAGUCGAAUUCAACGGGAAGCGCUGGAGAGGGAUAUUGAAAGGGAGGAGGCUUUGCUCCAGAGAGCUCUCGAGAUGGAGAGAAUGGAAAAUCAGAGAAAUCGAAGUGCCCAAACUGAUGUACCAGGAACGUCUUCUCUUCGAUCUGUCGCGGCUAUCAUGGCAGCAACGUUCUCCAUAGAUACAGCCACCAAUACUGAUGAUAUCAAGGUCCAACUUCUAGAUGAAGAAGCCAAGAAGACAACGUCUUCAGGAACCAUGACAUCUAGUGGAGUGUCUUCUGGGACGAUGGCUUCCUCCUCUUCUGGAACCAUGACAACUCCUUCUGGAGUGUUUUCUGGAGACGCAGGAUUUGAUGCUGCAUACGAAGCAGCCUUCGGAGCAACGAAUGGAAAAGAAAAAGGAAAAGAGAGCCGCCCGAAAUCCGCGAAACGCGUCGGAUCCGCAGUCGGAAAACGAUCCGGAUCAGCUGUUAAAGCAAACCAGGAUUCUGGAUUUAAAAGUGAUCCAGACAACGGAGAAGCACGUCCAAGGACAGGUUCGAAAGUGAAUGCUGAAUCGAACACUGAAGAACGGCGUCCUAGAACGGCAUCCAAGAAAACAACCAGCACAACAGUGGAUUCUUCAGAAGUUCAGAUAGACGUAAUCCAAGAGACGCCAAUCGGGACAUCUCCUGAGAACACGGAGAAAAAACGCCCAACAACUGGAGCCAAAAAAUCAUCAACUUCAGAAGCCCAAACAGACGCCAUCAAGAAAACGUCAACUGGAACAUCCCCUGAAAACAUGGAGAAGGAGAAAAAACGUCCAGGAACCGCCAAAAACGAGCGUAAAUAUUCAACGGCAGGCUUGGAGGAUUUAGAAGGGCUGAAAACAGGCGCUUCUGACGAAAAAUCGGAGCCAAGGAGUCGUCCUUCAACCCGCAAAUCCAGCAGAGCCGAUGAGCGUCCGCCAAGUCGUAAGGCAGCAGACGGAUCCCAUGAGCCACGCGCCAAGACACCACUUCAAAAAGGCUUCGAUGAACGUCCAGUGACUCGAAGAUCCUCAGUGGACAAGAAUGCACCAAAACGGAAUGAUAGUGUUCCUCGAGAGAGAAAACAUGCAAUACCACAGGAUGAUAGAAAACCGCCAAAGCCAAUAGGACCGUUGAAAAGUAACAAGUAUGAUGGCGAGGUGGUUAUGGGACGUCCAGGGUCUCCAGGAAGAGAUCAUGGUCCAAGGAGGAAGAAUUUGAAUGAUGUGAAUUCUCAUCUUGUGGACAUCAAUCGUUUGAACAGUUCUGACGUGCGCACUCGUGCUCAAUAUUUAAAGGAACAGCGCGACAAGCUACUUCAAAUGAAAAACGAGGAAAGGAUCAAGCAAAUGAACGACAUUCAAAACUCCGGAUUGGAGCGGCCGAAAACCGCGGCUCGUGCUCGUGAGAUACUGGAUAAGGAUAAGAGAGCGGCUGGCGAGAUUCGGAAGGAGAUCAGCAAAAAGUUGAAGACCCAAAUUUUAACCUUGAAUUGA